GGGAAAUGUGUAAACAGUUGACUGUGGCGUCAGUGAUUGGAAUUUAAAUUUUUUCCAGACUGUUCCGGAUUGUAUACUUGAAGAAUUCGAAUGGUACACAUCAAGACAAAUAGACUUCCCUUGUCCUAAGCACUGUAUUUCAUCGGAGAUGGCGGCGCCUUUUUUACCCACUGGAGCUGCACUUUUCAGUGAUGGUGGCUUUUCUGAAGAUUUGUUUUUGUGCAGAAGGUAUGUUAACGUGCCCAAAUAUUUCGAUCCAAAACUGCUGUUUUUUGGAUCAGGAAACGGACCUUUAAAGCUAUGCCAGCGAUUGAUGGACAAUGUGGUAAAUUCUCCGAAUCUUUUGACUGUAAGGCCAACAAUCAGCUUGUUGAGUAUGAUUCCGUCGGUAGUAGACGACCUGCCAUCAACCAUGAAGGGACUUCAAAUCGUUGCCUUCGGAAAGAAAUAUAAUUGGACACAAGAUGAACCUGAAGGAGUCUUUUUCGUUACGGAUUACGACACUGUGCGAAUAGACGGACUAAAGAAGAAAAAAGACAUGGCUGUUGAGGAUUUCAUGGAGUGGCGAAACUUUGCCAGGGACCGUUUGUACGGGGUGAUCUUUCAAGAAGUAGAACCGUUGUGGCUAAGUCGUGUGCGCUCUGCUGAAAUAUUCAACUUCAAAAAGCGGUUAGCUGAUGUUUUCCAGGUGAAAUCAGAGAGCGUUUUUUGGCUGCAAACAAAACAGGAGGCUUUGCAUCUUCUGUCUAUCACCAUGACCAAAAUUUAUCGCUGGCGAGAGGAUAAAGAAAGCGAGGAAAAUGAAAAAAUAGCACGUGGUGAGGUAAAGUUGACUCAAGAAGAAAAGCAGAAAGAACUUCUUGAACCCACAACAAUGCUUUAUGGUGAUAUUGCAGAGAAGAAUGGGAUUGUGUUAGCUGAAGGAGUGUGACAUCUUGAUCUCCAAGAAUGAUGCCUGUUGAACUUUCACUAGCCACCAGUCGGUUCAGCUGACUUAAAAGCUCAUUAUACAAAUAUUUUCAGUUGGAAAAAAAUAUAUACAUAUAAAUACUCUAAAAUCCCCGCAAGUGGGAGAGUAAUAUUCAUUUGCCAAUAAAUUUUGAUAUAAUUUGUGUGAGAAUACAUUUUAUAUUCUUUAGAAUAUAUUAAAUGGAUUAUUCUCUGAUUUUAGACAGGAGCAUGUGACAUAGAAUAAGGUUGAUGUCUUUUGUUCUUAAGUCAAUGGCAGUUUUACAAAGUCUGCUCUUAAAUUGCAGACAGAAUAAGUGGAAACUCAUUCCAUAGUUGUGCCAAAAUGUUUAAUGCACUGUAUUACUUUGCUGUUGUUAGUGUGCAUAUAAUUAAGACUAUUUAACAUGUUAGAGUUCCCAUGUUUUGAUUUGGAAAUGUAGAAGUAGAGUGCAUACAUGAACAGAGAUUUAAAUGUAUGAUAAGUGCAGUGGAACAUACUAAAAUCUUUGUUACUACUUCAGUUAAACAGAUACAAGUAUUAAGUUUUCAACUAAGUAUUUUUACAUCUUCCCAAAUGUGUAGAGGUAUUAUGUGCAGGUAUUAUGGCCAGCUAUUUGGCUCUCCUGACUGAGAGGUAAUUUGAUACCAAGAAGCUUUAACAAAUUGAAAGGGAAAAGCCUGUAAAUUUAACUUUUGAAAUGAGGGAAGUGUGUCUAGAUCUCAUUAGUAAGGGUACUGGGAUUGUAACCCAAAAAUCCUCAAGUUUAAUUAUGUGGCUGCACUUAAUAAAUGAUCACCUGUUCCUUUUCCUCCCCAUUGGCUUAUUUAACUGUUUUAUUUUGGUUUAUUUAAAUACUUAUUACAUUUUCCUUUACUGACUAUUUGUUUUUUGCAUUUGCAAUAAAGGUCAGUAAGCUUUCAAUUUA